UGAAAAAGAACAACAAAAUGUUGAGAUGCAGCCUCUGUGUUUCUCUCCUCCCCUGUGCUGGUGUCUGUGUGUUUGAUUGCAGGAGUGGAGCCAGCUGUGAGGGAGUCAGGAGUCCAGCUGCACCUCGUCAGCCAUCAGCCUCUGAUUAUUACACCUGGUGUCUCCUGCAGCUCUGCGUCAGAUUGGAGACAAGACUUUGCUGUCAGUCUCGUUUCUGCAGUACUGGUCUUCUGUUUGCUUCGUGGUUAUAUCGUUCACUAAAGCCCGUCUCCUGUGCCUGCAGUUUGUCACCGCGCUACUCCUGUCUCACACGGACCGAGGAUGUUGAAAGAUUGGAUUUAGCCGGACUGGAAAUCAUUCUUUGUGCAUUUUAGGGCCUUUUUUAUUUGAUAGGACAGCCAAAGCAGUGAAAGGGGGGCUCACGCUGUGCCAGGUGAGCUACCCAGCCCCUUUUUAUUCGUUCUUCUUAUUUCAGAGCUGCUGUUGCACAGGAAUUUCCCCUGGUGUGUUAUCUCAUCUUAUCUUAAAAGUGGAUUUUCCCAAAGAAGUUUCCCUUUCUCCGGGUCUACAACAUUCGCUUCAGGCUACAAUAAACUACAACGCAUUCAUAAAUGUAACCAUGGGUGUUUCUCAGUUAAUCUGCACCAUUUUGGGGCAUCUUGUGACGCACUUUACCUCGAGGGCGGAAUCACGGACAGAUAAAGCCUGAGCAGGCUCGGAGCCGGACUCAUUAGGCUACCGUGACCCACAAUAGGACUCUGAAGCUGCGCUGGGACGGACGCAACAGAAGGAUGUGGCUGCUGUCAGUGCUGGUGCCUCUUCUCAAGCUGCAUUUCUGCGGAAUCAAAGUUCUUCUCUAUCAGACCUUCAACAGAUCUUUUACGCUCCCAGUCUUGCCCAAGCAGAAUGGAAGAGUUGCCAUUGUGACUGGUGGUACCAGAGGAAUCGGUUUUGAGACAGCGAAACAUCUGGCAAAGCUCGGCAUGCAUGUUGUCAUAGCUGGAAACGAGCGCGAAGAAGGCGCAGCGGCCAUCCCGAGGAUUCAGGAAGAAGACUGCAAGGGGAAAGUUGAGUUUGCCUUCGUGGACCUGACCUCUCUGAAAUCAGUGCGACAGUUUGCUCAGACUUUCCAAAACCGAGGGCUCCCCCUCCACGUCCUGGUUAACAACGCUGGAACCAUGAUGCUUCCUGAGAGAUGGACGGAGGACGGCUUUGAGUUCCACUUUGCGCUCAACUACCUGGGCCACUUCCUGUUGACCAACCUGCUGCUGGACACGCUGAAGAGGUCAGGACGGCAGGGCCGCUGCUCCAGGGUGGUCAACAUGUCCUCGGCUACGCACUACGCGGGAGUGGUGCACAUGGACGACUUAAACAGCAGCAACUGCUACAGUUCCCUCGGUGCCUACGCCCAAAGCAAACUGGCUCUGGUCCUCUUCACCUACUACCUGCAGGAGCAGCUGGCGGCCGGCGGCUUCCCGGUGACCGCCAGCGCCGUAGACCCUGGCAUGGUGAACACGCCGCUGUACGACAACCUAUGGAGCAUCGCGCAGGCUCUGAAGAAACCGGUGGCCAAGAUCCUGUUCAGGACUCCGGCCCAGGGAGCAUCCAUAUCCGUCUACGCUGCAGCUGCCUCUGAAAUGGAGGGGGUGGGGGGCUGUUACCUGUACAACGGCCACAGGAAGCAGUCCUCGGACACUUCCUACGACUCUGAGCUGCAAGCCGAGCUGUGGAAGAAGAGUUGUGAGCUGGUGGGCCUUCAGGAGGCCUGACUCCUCCACAGUCACAGUGGAUCUGUGUCUCUAAUAGGGUUGGGUACCGAGACCAGGUGCUAAUACGGCAGGGGUGCCUUAAAGGAGAAUUCCGGACGAUUUUUUUUACCUGAAUCUUGAUCGCUAGAUGUCACCGAGUACUGUCGAUGGGGGGGAAAAAACUGAGCAAAAUCGGUGUUGGCGAACUGGAGUUGCUGCAGCUCAUGGCCAGAGCUCCCAGUCCCACUGACGUUAGAGGCACCUGAAACAUCGCCGCAUGUCACUCUAGUUAACACUACAGUUGGCGGCAGGUAACGUUAGCCUACCGUUAGCUAGCAGCUGGAGUAAACACGGUUAAAAUGCUGACACAGGUAAACAGUGUAAAAGUUGACUUGAAACUUGCCUCGCCACCCUCGUGCUGCAUUCAAAGUUAUUGUAAAAUACCCUGUUUCCAUUCAGUGGUUGUUUUUGUUGUUUAACAGGAAUUUACUGGUGA